AAUUAAACAAUUUUAAACCCAGACGCGCUUUCUUUUUUUAUUGUUAAAAGGGCAUUUGCGCUUAAUAAAAUAUAAACAAAAAACAACUCCUUAUUAUCUAAAUCAACCACAAAAUUCACUGUAACCAAAAAACAAAAUAGCAAUUGUGAUUCCAUGGCAUAUCACAAACUCAGAAGCUCAGCUUCAAAUUCAAAACAAACACAACAAUUAUCGAUAAUUUUUACCUCUUUUCCAAAUUCUUUCUCUUUUCAUUUCAUAACUAGUAAUCAAAAUAGUUGAUUCUUAGUUGAGACUGACCUUUCCUUCAUUCGCUAGUUAAACAUCUUAUCCUGACUUCAAUUCCAUAAUCAUGUUAAGGAGUCAAAGCAUUUCCAAUCUAAAUGAUCAAAGGAAAUCGAAAUCUUCCAAUUUCUUUAGUUCAUUCAGAUCUAGAAAAGCUUCAUCCAAUGAUUUACAUUCCAUAGUGGAUUCAACUGCUCGUUCCAAUAAUAAUAAUAAUCCUAAACCAUUAAAUACAAGUGUUACUUCCAAUAACUUACAUCAAAAGUUUGAUACAUCCAAUAAAUUGAAUCCAAUUUCUCAUUCAUCCUCAGCUGCACAACAAAGACAAUAUCAUGGAUCAUCAUCAUUAUCAUCAUCAACGGAUGAUAAAGAAAAUAUAAAUCCAACACCUAUACAUACCAGAACUAAAUCAUUAAAAUUAAGAUCAAGUGCUCCUAAUUUAAAUUUAAACUUGAAUUUAAAUUUAAAUCAAUCGUCAUCCCAUUCUGUAACUGUUUCAACUACUGCAGCUACUGCCACUGCGACUUCUACUAAAAAUACCAUUAAUCAACUUCAUACUCGAGGUUUAAGAUCUUCAAUGUUUCUUAAUAAUAUCAUAUCAUAUAAUCCUUCUGAAUCAGAUAAUGUUAGUCAUAAACUGCAAUAUAGUGGAAGAAUAUCACCUCCUCAUAUUAGUCCAGAAACUAUAACUUCAGUAGAUACAUUAAUGGAUCAAAGUUCAAUAAAAUUCACUGAUUUUGAAAAUACAAGUCAAGAUUUUGAUUCUUCUGAUGCUUCAAUAAGUAGUAUAAGUAAUGAAUCUUCACCAACUGAGCAAAAUUUCCCAAAUAUCUUAAAUCAAUCAAAUAAAAAAUCUUUAUAUAGAAAAUCUCAAUCAUCAUCAUCAAAUCAACAACAUCAUAAUCUUAAAAAGAUUCAUCGUACAACAAAUUCUUAUAAUAUAAAUGAAUUUAUAAAGAUUCUAAAUCAAGAAAACGCUACCAAAUUGCCCGUCAAUAAUCGAAAAUCACUUGAAUUAGAAGCUUUAGAACGUGAAAAAUUAAUCAAUACUUUAAAUGAACAAAAGAAAGAUAGUUAUACUUCAACAUUAUCUUUAAUUGAAAAUAUCAUGUUUUUAAUCGUUAAAGAUAAUGAAGAUAUCGAUGAAAAUGAUGAUCAAUAUAAAAGUGAACAAUAUUUUAAACAUUCCUUAGAUGAUAUUGAUUAUUCUGAAGCUUUGAAAGAAGAUCAUUAUGAUGAUAUUGAUGAAAAUUUGGUUAUGGUAUUCUAAUGAUCGCAAAUAAAACAAAGACGACCCUAAAUGUGACUUUUCUCUGUAUAUUAGUUUUAUAAUUUAAUUCUUCCCUUCUUCUGCGUACAUUAUUAUUUUUACAAUACACAUUUAUUAUACCCACUUUAAAAUAUUAAAAAUAUACUAAACCAUCAAUAUACCAUUUAUUAUGACAUAUAUAGGUUGAAAA